AUGAAAAUACAGUUUCGUCUCUUUUUUGGCCUGGCUGCUUCAUUCUUCUGCCAAGUCAUGAUGAUGCCUCAUAGCUACCGGAGCCUGGAUCCUCAGCCCAGAUUUCACACCAGACCCUUGGGAGUAGAUGCGAAUACCUUGAACAAUGGGACUCCCUGGUUUAACUUUGUCCUGGAUUGUUCAGACCUUUACCGCCAAGGCUUUCACACGAGCGGCAUUUAUCAGAUAUACCCGUCUGGACUAUUCCUUCCACUCAGUGUUUACUGUGACAUGGAGAGCGACGGCGGAGGCUGGACUUCUCCGAGAGGAUUCCGGGAGGAGGAGGCGGUGUGCACGAACCCCGUGGCAAGAGGCUGCAGGAUGGGGUGUGAACCACGUCUGCAGAACAGACGUCUGCUAACGGCAAGGAGGGACUGCGAGCUCGGAAUUGACAUGGAGGACUUUGAGAACCAGACUGUCCAUGCCAAGUAUAAACAGUUUGCAGUGGCCCCCAAUUUCAGCCAUGCUGAAGGAAACGGCUACACUCUCCUGGUUCAGGGAUUCUCUGAUGGGGGAGUAGGAGACUCGUUGGCCUAUCAUAAUAGGCUCAAAUUCAGCACGUAUGACAAGAAUCAAGAAGGCCCCAUUAACUGUGCACAGAAGAACUCGGGAGCCUUUUGGUACAAGUCAUGCCACACAGUAAACCUCAAUGGCCUCUAUUUAAGGGGACCCCAUGCUUCCUUCGCCAAUGGAAUCCACUGGGCCACAUGGACUGGGUAUUAUAACUCCCUCAAAGCCACUGCUAUGAAAAUGAGGCCAGCCUCGGUGGGCUAGGAGGUGCUAGAACAAAUUUCAGUCUCCAGUUUACAUCCCCCAGUCCCUGUAUUCCAUUCUCAUUCAAGUUCACAUUUCAAUGUGAAUUUUAUUACGAGUAAACUCUUCCAGCCGGGUACAGAUAUCGAUAUUAACCGAUGUUUCAAUGACAAACUCUGCCGUCUUCAUCAGGGAUGGCAGAGUUCAUCAUCGAAACAUCGGUUCUAGUCGAUAUCCGUACCCAGCUGGAAGCCCUAGAAGAAUUUAUUUGUCAUAUACGCUGGAAAUGCACUAGAUCCUUACUAAAAUUUUAUUACUUUGUUACAUUAAAACCAUGUUGCAGCUUUGCUGACGUCCUGUGUGAGCUAAAAGAAGCCACAACAAUGUGUGCAUCCCUUGGUGUCCUAGCUGCAUUAUCAUACUGAAGCACAAAGUCCUCCUGCCUCUCCCCUCAGACGCCGCCUGACCUGCUGAGUGUUCCUUGGGUUCUGAGUUAAUGCUACGAUUCAGGCUGUAAUUUGCUGCAGUGCAUCAGACGGCAACCUUUCAGUUUCUUUAGCGUUUGUCUGUUCUUACGAGGCCGAGUUGCUCGUUCAACACUCAACCCGGCGCGGAUGGGGAGCGUGCAAGGAGCCGGCCGGAUUCGAACUCAUGACCACUCGCUUCGGAGUCUGGUGCAGAUGCCACUCCACCACUGGCCGGCUAUAUGAUUCAGAGAGAUGCAAAGCCAGAAGAGUGUUGUUUGAAAGCUGUCAAAGUGGAUUCCUCCUUCAUAUAACUACACUCACUGGAGAGAUUGUUAUCUGGAUAGAUUCUUAGAUUCAGGUUAAUAUCAUUACUUGUUUGUCCCGCUCACCCUGAGAUCUUCGUGGGGGUUUUCCCUUCCUGUUCUGCGAGUGGCAGCUGUUCCAAGCUCCUGUACAGCGGAGAAAGAGCAUUCACGGAGACCCCCGGCACCGUGAUCUGAGCACAACUGAAGGACGCACUGUUGAAGCGUAGUCCAUGUUGCGAUACGGGGAAAGCAGCUGCGAAAUGGUGCACAGCAAGAUCCCAGCAACGUCACGACCGUCAACUAGUUGAUGAGAGUUUGACAACACCUGGAGACCAGCAUGGUUUGUGGGGCUCGCACCUCAGCAUUACACAAGGGCCAAGCUGCUACGUAUGCUGGGAGGCGUGUUAAUGUUUCCAGGGUGUGAGGGUGAGGGCUUGCACACACAAACACACACACACACACACACACACACACACACACACACACACACACAGAUGGAGAUGGAGAUGGAGAUGAAGAUGAAGAUGAGUAGGAAGGAAUGGGAGCCUUGGUGAGGCCUGGAGUUUGGUGGCCGGUUGGGUGGGUAACGUUAGACCAGACAGAGUUGGCUAGAUGGACCACGCCGGGUUGCAGAAGGAAAUCAUGGGAGUGGGACCCCAAGGACUUCACAAGAAGAUGGGAGCACAGUGGCAAUGAGCUACUCAAAGGAAGACUUACCCACAAGAUUAUAGACACAGGCUUCUGAACCUUCUGCCUGGAGGGUGGUAUUUGAUCAUAUUGGCCAUUUUACCGAGGCAGCAAGAAAUGCAGACAGAGUUCAUGGGGAAGGGGGGAUGUUUAGCUUAUGUAUCCACAGCUCUCGGUUUUGGAAACCCUGAAAGGGAAGCUGGUACGGUUAGGAACCUUCUGUAUGAUACAGCAGCAGUCCUGAACCCACAGGCCAGGAUUCUGCUCCAGAGUUUUGCAUAAACAUAAAUACUUUACAAGUCAAUAUUUGUAGUCUCUGUAUUACUGUAUGUCUCAUGUAAUGAGCAUGCUCAUGAAUUUGCAUAGGUAAACAAUGUAUAUAAAGAUCCCAUUUGCAUUCAAUAAUUAUGCUUUAACCAUAUAACAAUUACAGCACAGAAACAGGCCAUCUCGGCCCUUCUAGUCCGUGCCAAACUCUUACUCUCACCUAGUCCCACCGACCUGCACUCAGCCCAUAACCCUCCAUUCCUUUCCUGUCCAUAUAUCUAUCCAAUUUAACUUUAAACGACAACAUCGAACCUGCCUCAACCACUUCUGCUGGAAGCUCGUUCCACACAGAUACCACUCUCUGAGUAAAGAAGUUCCCCCUCAUGUUACCUCUAAACCUUUACCCUUUAACUCUCAACUCAUGUCCUGCUGUUUGAAUCUCCCCCACUCUCAAUGGAAAAAGCCUAUCCACAUCAACUCUGUCUAUCCCCCUCAUAACUUUAAACACCUUUAUCAAGUCCCCCCUCAACCUUCUACAUUCCAAAGAAUAAAGACCCAUAGAUCAUACUUCCUUCUUUAAUUAAAUGUUGAGAUAGUUAAGAGAGUACAUCUCCCAAUUUGUCUUAAUGAAAACAACAAAAAAAAUCUCCAAAUGCUAGAAAUCUGAAAUAAAACUAAAAAAAUCUGGAAACACUCAGCAGGUCAAGCAGCAUAUGUAGAGAGAGAAUUAGUGUAAUCAGUUGAGGUAUAAAUGUCGGGCACAACUAUUUUAUCCCUUUCAAAAAGUGCCAGAGGAAUGGGUUUUAGUAUUUCCCAAGAAUGAGACGUCAUGAUUUGCAGCACAAACUAAACAUCAGCCAGAGAUAAGCUUCCGGGCAGCACUUGAACCAUUUCUCCUCAGGGACAAGGGUGCCAUCAUCAACUGCACAGGAGCAGGGUUGCUCCUGGUAAUUGGCUAACCACCUGGAGUCGAGCUUAAGGAAUGGUUGAUCAAUUGAAUGCUAGCCAAUCAAAUGUUACCUAAUCAAACACUAACCAAUCAAAAUGCACGGUGAAAUUACCAUUUUAAAAAUAAACGUGGAAGCUGCUUUGCAAUUGGUGAAACAUUGGUACGAAUGAAAAUUUUACUUAAAUAAAAAAAUGAUAGAUCCACCACAUGGACGAUGCAGGAUGGGUUGAAUGCUUCUAUUUGUGACUUAAAUUAACAUAACCGGGUAAUACACUCAGUGCCACUUUAUGAAGUACACAUACACACCUGCUCAAUAAUGCAAAUAUCUAAUGAGCUGUUCAUAUGGCAGCAAAUUAAUGCAUGAAAGCAUGUGGACAUGGUCAUGAGGUUCAGUUGUCCAGAUCAAACAUUAGAAUGGGGAAGAGAUCUGAUCAAAGAGACUUUGACUGUGGAAUGACUGUUGGUGCCAGACAGGGUGGUUUGAGUAUCUCAGAAACUGCUGUUCUCCUGGGAUUUUCACGCACAACAGUCACGAGGUUUACAGAGAAUGGUGCAGAAAAAACAAAAAAAUCAUCCAAUGAGUGACAGUUCUGUGGAUGGAAAUAUUUUAUUAAUGAGAGAGGUCAGAGGAGAAUGGCCAGACUGGUUCUAGCUAACAGGAAGACGGCAUUAACUCGAAUAACCACACAUUACAACAGUGGUGCACAGGACAGCAUCUCUGAACACACAACACAUUGAACCUUGAAGUGGAUGUCCUGGACACACUGUCAUCCUCUCCUGUGGCUACUUUACUUGAUAUAUAUUCCUCUCCCUAAUAAAGUGGCCACUAAGUGUUCACUAUGUCUCAGGGGAAAGGCUCUUACUCUCUCCAGAUGUCGUUCUUUUCCACCACCAAUGGAUUUCUUUUUCGGACUUUAUUUUUAUUCCUGAUGCUCUGUUGUUACCCAGAUCUGCGGUAUGUACAAACAAUGGGGCCAAUUCCAGAUUCAGGGUGGGGAUACCGUGUAAAAAGGCCUCUAGGUUAUUAGGACUUAUAUCCAAGUUGUUUUAAAAGAUCGUGUGGCACUCAGAACACUUCAUGUUACAGAGCUGUGGUUACAUUAGCAAGUUUCUAUUUAUAUAUUUCUAUUUAUUUUUCUGUCUUCCAGUAAUUUCUCCCCUUCCCCUUCUCUCCUUUUCCAUUCCCCCUUCUGGCUGCCUUCUUGCCCCUUCCCUUCUUCUUACCUGUCCAUCACCUCCCUCUGGUGGCCCUUCACCUUCCCGUAUUCCAAUGAUGCACUCCCUUCUCCUAUCAGCUUCCUUCUUCUUCAGCCCUUUACCUUUCCACCUAUCACAUCCCAGCUUUUAACUUCAUCCCCACCUUUCCACCUAUCAUAUCUCAGCUUCUAACUUCAUCCCCCCGCACUUUCCACCUAUCACAUCCCAGCUUCUAACUUCAUCCCCCCCUUUCCACGUAUCAGAUCCCAGAUUCUAACUUCAUCCCCCCACUUUCCACCUAUCACAUCCCAGCUUCUAACUUCAUCCCCCCCCUUUCCCCAUCACGUGGCUUCACCUAUCUUCUGCCAGCUUGUACUCCUCCUCCUCCGCCGCCAUUACCUACCAAGCUUCUUCUCCCUUCCUUUCCAGUCCUGAUGAAGGGUCUUGGCCUGAAAUGUCGACUGUUUAUUUCCCUCCAUGGAUGCUGCCUGACUUGCGGAGUUUUUCCUGCACUUUGUGCGUAGGUCUUCAUUUCCAACAUCUGCAUCAUCUCUUGUGUCCGGUCUACAGACUUCCAUUAAUAAGCUGAGGCCAAUUGCUCAAAACUAAUCAUUUGAAUGAACAAAACAAUCAAUCAAAAGGAGGCAGAAGAGAUUUUCUUCUAAGGAACUGAAUUUUGAGAGCAGUGACCUGGCUUCACACCUCAACUCAGCUGCUGUCUGUCUGGGUGGAGUUUGUACAUUCUUCCUGUGAACACGUGGGUUUCCCAAGGCGUGCAGGUUGGUAGGCUGUAAACACAAGAAUUUCUGCAAGUACGAGGAAAUCUGCAGAUGCUGGAAGUUCGAGCAACGCACACAAAAUGCUGGUGAAAAGCAGGAGGCCAGGCAGCAAUGCGUCCCACCAGCAUUUUGUGUGUGUUGCUUGAAUUUCCAGCACCUGCAGAUUUCCUCACGUUUGCAUUUUUAAAUUCACUACUGCGAAGCCUCUUCCAGUGAUGCCGACACUGAAGAAGUUUAAACCUUCUCUUCAACAGGAGUUUGGUGAAACCCUCUCUCACUGUUCCCCAUCUAUAAUUUCUUCGGCCCUUCAGCAUUUCGACCACAUUUUGACUCAGACUCGCUAUCACAGCCAUGUAUCCUUCCUUGGAACGUGUCUCCGUCGCCAACUUAGUCCAGUUGGCUUUAGGAUUCGUUUUCGAGGCUCUCAAUUUGGACCUUCUGAGGAUCCCAGGUACUCACAUAUUAUUGACUCCGCCUCCCGUCACUUCUCCCAUCAACUGAGAAUGUCGGCUGUAUAAAAAGUGGGUUGGGCUAGGAUUCGUGUAAGAGUAGGUCCUGGUCCCAACCCUCGAUUCAGCAGUAAGAAUCAAUACCUAUUUCGAGAUGCUGCAUGAUCUACUGAGUUCUCGAAGGUUGUUUAUGUGUUUACUUUAACUCUAAGUAAUCGUCAGCACAAUGUUUUACAGUAGAGGUGACCUGGGUUCAAUGCCUGCUGCCCCCCGUAAGGAGUUUGUAUGUCCUCUCUGUGACCACCUGGGUUUCCUCCGGGUGCUCUGGUUUCCUCCCACAGUCCAAAGAAGUGCUGGAUGGUAGGUUAAUUGGUCAUUGUAAAUUGUCCCGUGACUAGGCUAGGAUUAAAUGAGGGGCUGCAGAGCAACGUGACUCGAAUGGCCGUAAGGGCCUAUUCCGCACUGUAUCUCAAUAAAUAAAUCUGCCAUGUCUACCUCUGAAAUCUGUUGCAACCUACUAAGUACAGUAACUCUAGUCAAGAAGGGCAGGUUUUGGUCUUUCAACUGUUUCCCUGGAUCUGAGCUACCUGGUACAUCUCACACGUCUAUAGUAUACUGAUCUCCCACAUCAAGAUUGUUAGUCCUAACUGCAGAGAGUUGUGGACACAGCUCAGCACAUCACAGAAACCAGCCUCCCCUCCAUGGACUCUGUACCUACACUUCUCACUGCCUCAGUAAAGCAGCCGACAUACACCGAGAUCCCAGCUAUCCAGGACAUUCUCCCUUCUCGCUCACCUCCUAUCAGGCCGAAGAUACCAAAACCUGAAAGCACAAACCUGCAAACACGAGAACACUUGUUAUAAGGCAAUUGAAUGGUUCUGCAUUGUGGUAAAACGUUCUCUGAACCUAAAAAGCUCCCUUGUUCUGUUCUUGCACUUUAUUGUCUACCUGCAUUGCACUUUCUCGGUAAUGCAACACUUCGUUCUGGAGAAGGGUCUCGGCCCGGAAUGUCGAUUCAUCUCCAUAGAUGCUGCCUGACUUGCUGAGUUCCUCCAGCGUUUUGUGUGUGUUGCUCUGGAUUUCCAGCCUCUGCAGGCUGUUUUGUGUUUACACCUUGUUCCGCAUUUCUGUUCUGAUGAAGGGUCUCGGCCUGAAACGUCGACUGCGCCUCUUCCUAUAGAUGCUGCUUGGCCUGCUGCGUUCACCAGCAACUUUGAUGUAUGUUGUCCGCAUUUCUGUUGUUGCUUUCCCACGUACUACGUCAAUGCACUGUGCUGAUGAAUUGAUCUGUAUGGUAGACGAGUAUUUCACUGUACCUCGGUGCAUGUGACAAUAAUAAACCAAUUUAAUUACCCAACUUAUGUACUCAUUGGUUUCGAAAGAACUUGAAUGUCGAAGUUCCAAACCAUUCGGAACUUUACUUCUCACAGAAUUAAUUGUAAUUGUAAUCCAAUUAACACACACAAAAUGCUGGACAAACUCAACAGACCAGGCAGCAUCUAUGGAAAAGAGUACAGUCGAUGUUGUGGACACAUUUCACCUGUGAGUCUGCUGGGGGGUCAUCCACUGUAUCCGGUGCUCCCGCUGUGGCCUCCUGUAUAUUGGUGAGACCUGAUGUAGAUUGGGAGACUGCUUCACCAAGCACCUACACUCUGUUCGUCAGAAAAAGCAGGAUCUCCGGAGGCCAUCCAUUUUAAUUCCACUUCCCAUUCCCAUCCCGACAUGUCAGUCCGUGGACCCUCUGCUGCUGCGAUGAGGCCACACUCAGAUUGGAGGAGCAACACCUUAUAUUUUGUCUGGGUAGCCUCCAACCUGAUGGCAUGAACACCAAUUUCUCGAACUUCCAGUAAUGCCCCCACCUCUCCUUCACCAUUCCCAUUCCCAUUUACCCUUUCUCACCUUAUCUGCUUACCAGCCUAUCACCUUGUGGUAAACAAUAUAUAUGUUGUAACUGGGUUACCUGUCUGGACACGCUCUUCUGCUGACUGCCCCUGUGGCUCCUCCCACAGACCCCUGAAUAAAGGUGAUUUCUCCUUGCCCCUCCCCCUCAGUCCAGGGGCAGACACUCAGCAUGGAAGUCGUAUUGUACAGCGAAUAAAAGCCUUUCAGUAUUUACCCUACUUCAGUCUUUUGGAGUUAUUGAAGGUGUUUCACACCUCCCUCUGGAAUUCCUCCCCCUUUUCUUUCUUCCAUGGUCUUCUGUCCUCUCCUAUCAGAUUCCCCCUUCUCCAGUUCUGGAUCUCUUGUAUCUACCAACUUCUUGGCUCUUUAUAUCUCCCCUCCCUCCCUACCGGUCUCACCGACACCCUGGGUUUCUUCCUCCCCUCCCCCUACCUUCUUACACUGACUCCUCGUCUUUUUCUCUCCAGUCCUGCUGAGGGCUCUCAGCCCAAAACGUCGACUGUAUUCUUUUCCACAGAUGCUGCCUGGACUGCUGAGUUCCUCCAGCAUUGUGUGUGUGUGUGUGUGUGUGUGUUGCUUGGAUUUCCUGUAUCUGCAUAUUUUCUUUUGUUUGUAUUCAAUUAACAGCUUUUGUGAGAACCACUGUCUUCAACUUGCAUGGUAAAGACAACUAAAAUAGUAAUUGAAGACGGUGCACUGAGUAAAUAAACUAUGAGGCAAGUCAGCAGGUGAAUACUGCCCAUCCCUGGGUUAUAAAUGCCUGAUUUCAGGACACCUUUACUUAUGAGCUUACAUAAUAUUAUAAUAAAUAAAUAAAUAAAUGAAACGAUAUUAACUUCAAAUGUCUGAUGUACAUGUAAGGGGUUUCUUUUUUUUAUGUCACUGCAUAGUCUAAUUAAAAUGGCUUCUUUGUUAUGUUAACUGCUGAGAAAGUCCUUCCCGCUAGCAGUUUGUUUGAAUCACGUUACUGAUAAGAAGAUGUUAUGAACCAGUUGCGGUAGUUGUUAUGUUUUUGGUGUGUCUGUAAGAUAUUGUAUGCGCGGGAUUUUGGCGCAGAAGGCGGGAGAGAGAGAGACAGAGGAUGGACCAGGUGCUGUGAGUCCGCUAAUGGGGUCGGACCCCGAGCGGGGCGUUCGGCGAGGAGAGGAGACGGAGAUGGACUCGUGUGGAGCGUCUGGUCGACCACCGUUGUUGGUCCCAGGUGGCCGGUCGAGGUGGUCUGAGGGGUUGCAGGGUGAAGAAGAAGGGUCCUGAGCUCCAACUGUUUGUGCACGAAGAGAUUGAACUUUGAUAAA